GGGGCUCGGAGCAGCGCACGGUGAGCGUCCCUCGGGGCUCGGGGUCUUUUCGCUGUGGGGCUCUGCGCACCCCCUGGGGUGCCCGAUGGGGCCGCCUGGGGGGCGCAGGGCUGAAGUUGAGACUGCGCGCGGCGCGCGGGUACAGCCAAGCCAGGCAUGCUGCCGCCGGGGCGCAAUGGCACUUCGUACUCGGUGCGCUCCGGGACUCAGGAGCAGCUGGCACAGGGGGGUGCCACGCGGGGUUCGGCGGGGACAGCGACGCUGGGGCCCGCGCAGGUGGUCACCGCCAGCCUCCUGACAGUACUCAUCGUCUGGACCCUUCUUGGCAACGUGCUGGUGUGCGUGGCCAUCGUGCACAGUCGCCACCUGCGCGCCAAGAUGACCAACAUCUUCAUCGUGUCUCUGGCCGUAUCCGACCUUUUCGUGGCGCUGCUGGUCAUGCCUUGGAAGGCGGUCGCCGAGGUGGCCGGUUACUGGCCCUUUGGGGCGUUCUGUGACGUGUGGGUGGCCUUCGACAUUAUGUGCUCUACCGCCUCCAUUCUGAACCUAUGCAUCAUCAGCCUGGACCGCUACUGGGCCAUCUCCAGGCCCUUCCGCUACGAGCGCAAGAUGACCCAGCGUGUGGCCUUGGUCAUGGUGGGCUUGGCCUGGACCUUGUCCAUCCUCAUCUCCUUCAUUCCGGUCCAGCUCCAUUGGCACAGGGACAAGGCGGGCUCCUGGGGCGGGGUGGACUUUCCAUCCAACCAAGCCAAUGGGACUUCCUGGGAGGAACCCGGGGAGCCUGAGGUGAGGGCAGAGAAUUGUGACUCCAGCCUGAACCGAACUUACGCCAUCUCCUCCUCGCUCAUCAGUUUCUACAUCCCGGUGGCCGUCAUGAUCGUGACCUACACGCGCAUCUACCGCAUCGCGCAGGCGCAGAUCCGCAGGAUCGCCUCGCUGGAGAGGGCCGCGGAGCACGCGCAGAGCUGCCGGAGCCGCGCGGCCUGCGAGCCCAACACCAGCUUGCGAGUUUCCAUCAAGAAAGAGACCAAGGUCUUCAAGACCCUGUCGGUGAUUAUGGGGGUCUUCGUGUGCUGCUGGCUGCCCUUCUUCAUCCUUAACUGCAUGGUUCCCUUCUGCAGCGGUGGAGAUGCAGAGGGCCCCAGGGCCGGCUUCCCCUGCAUCAGCGAGACCACCUUCGACGUCUUCGUGUGGUUCGGCUGGGCCAACUCCUCGCUCAAUCCCAUCAUCUACGCUUUCAACGCCGACUUCCGGAAGGUGUUCGCCCAGCUGCUGGGCUGCAGCCACCUCUGCUCCCGCACCCAGGUGGAGACCGUGAACAUCUGCAACGAAGUCAUCUCUUACAACCAAGACACCGCCUUCCACAGAGAGAUCGCAGCUGCCUGUGUCCACGUGAUCCCCAACGCCGUGGAACCUGGCGACGGGGAGGUGGACAAUGAGGAGGAGGAGGAGGGCUCUUUCGAUCGUAUGCCCCACAUCUCUCAGCAGUCCCCACAUGUUGACCCCGCAGCUGAGUCUGUCUGGGAACUGGACUGUGAAGGGGAGAUUUCAUUAGGCAAAAUCAUACCUCUUACCCCAAAUGGAUCCCACUAA